UCAUCAGAAAGCAAGGAGAACUUGUCUGACGUCAUACCACAUUUUAACACACUUGGUGACAUCUUAGUUGUCCUUUAACACACUUCCUACUCCAUUUAUACUCUUACGUCCAACAAAUCAGAGUGCCUCAGAAGUCCUUUGACAUACCUCUUCUUAAUACACUUGGUGGCUUAUUACCUGUUCCUUCACACACUACCUAUUCCAGUUACCCUGUUAGAUCCAACAAAUCAGAGUGCAUCAGAACACUUCCUACUCUUGGUAAAUUGCUAGACCCAACGAAUUUCAAAACUGCAGAAGCUUGAUGACGUCAAAUCCAAUAACUUCUUGCCUGUUCCUUCGUACACUUCCUACUCUUGGCACAUCGCUAGUCCCAACAAAAUAGAAGACCUCAGAAGCUUGAUGACGUCAUACCCCUUCUUAAUACACUUUGUGACGUCUUACCUGUUCUUUCAGGUACUUCCUACUCCUGUUACCCGGUUGGGGCCAAUAAAUAAGAGCGCACAAAAAGCGUGAUGACGUCAUACCCCAAAGCUAAUACUCUUGGUGACGUCUUACAUGUUCCUUCACACACUUCCUACUCUAGGUACACGAAUAGUUUGACCUUAAACUAUGGGGGCUCAACCUCGAUUGGGUAUUAUUGAUGAGAAGGUCGAGUCGAACCUAAGCAAGUUAGCCUGCAAAUAGAAGAAUGCUGUAUGGAAGACGGAAGCAUUUUCUAAUUACCUACGCCUAGUGGAAACUUCAAUUUUACAUACUCCUUAUGCUGCCUUAAAGGCAUCAGGUUUACCUGUUACUUGUUCUAUUUGCAGCCUCAAAGUAUCUGGCCUUUGAUGGAAACCUUUAGGUUAUGAGUUCUUGGAGUUGCCUGGUAUGUACAAGGAUUAGGAGGAACCUUUCAGGUUAUGGACUCCUGAUGAUGCCUGGUAAGAAUAGGAGAAAACAUUAAGGGUUAUGAGCGCUUGGCGUUACUUUGCAAGAUGCCAAGAUUAAGCACGCUCCUGUUGAUGCCCCAUAAGCAUCUGGAUUAAGAGGUUUUGAGGUUAUGAACUCUUAGCGUUUUCUAAAAAUUAUCAGGAUUGAGAAGAAAACCUUCAGUUAUCGAGCCACACGAGUCAUGGUCAUCCAUAUCUACCUGGACAACUAGUUUUAUUAGGAUGUAAACCGUCAGGUUAUGGCCUCCUGGAGCUGCCUUAAAAUAGGUUUAGGAUGUAAACUUUUGGCAUUAUGAAGGCCCGUCCGAUUUGAGUUGUUUCAAUCUUUGGGUGAAGGACGUGGGUGAAAUUUUGAUAAACUAAAGCCGGUUAUCGAUUUUCACAGUCGCACCGAAUCAGACAUGGUAUAUCGAACCGUCAACGUAAGUUGUUUAGUUUAAAAGAGUCUGGAAGGUCAUGAAGGUAAACGGAAACACGAUGGCAGCCUUCUGGGCGACAUGGCAUCACCUGCAGUACCUCAGGUCGUUGUUUUAUGUCAAAUUCGUUUCUAUUUUAUUACCAAGUUUGUUUUACGCAGAAGAUAUGAAAGGCGAGGUGUCGGCCACAUACGAGGGCAAUUUGUUCAUAUCCUUCUACGGGAUCAACUACGCCUACGACCCUUGGACAUUUAAGGAUCCGAAUUAUCGAGUCAUGUACACCAACGAGAAGCGUAAGGUCGAUUGUCUUGAGAUAGACCGUUCGAACAACAGACAGAUAGGACAGGAAAACUGCUUGUGCGUUAAUGUCUUCACGCCUGUGCCUUAUGUCAAUAGGAGCAUGCCGGUGUUGGUCUGGAUACAAGGUGAGGCUUUCCCGAUCGGAAACAACAAAGGGAGCGUCUAUUACCCGGCUAGGCAUAUGGAUUAUGGCAUUGUAGUCGUUACCAUGAGCUACCGCCUCGGCCCGCUUGGUAACACAAUGUUUCCUUAUUUUUUUCCACUUUUCUUUAAUGAUUUGACCUAGGUUUUG